CAGAAGCUUCUCAAACGCCCGGUCCAAUGCGGCGGCCGCAGCAGCAAAGCUGCCGUGCCGUGCCGUCCUUCACCCACCCCCAAGGAGCGAACCGAUCAGGUCCUCCAACCCAAAUCCCCCACGCCAAACCAUCCAAAUCACACGGCCACGACCGACCGAUGGCCCAGCCACCGGCGACUCCGGCGACGGCGGCGGCGUACGGGUGUGCGGCAUGCGGCGCGGACCUGAACCUGUCCGCCUCCCACCUCUACCCGGCGGGGACCUACUUCGAGGCGGGGAACAAGGGCACGCUGUCCUUCAGCUGGGUGAACGAGUCGCGGCUGCGGUUCGCGGCGGAGGACCGGAUCCGCCCCUUCUUCGAGACGCUCGACUACUGGGGCAUCCAGCGGAAGCGCACCCGCGUCAACUGCGACGCCUGCGGCAAGCUCCUCGGCCACGUCUACGACGACGGCCCUCCGCUCAUGGAGGGCACAGGCCAGCUCGGGAUGGGCCCCAGCCAGGUCGUCCCCCGCCGGCCCAGGUACCGGAUCAAGAUCAAGGCCGUCACGGCCGCCGGUUCCUCCGCCUCCGCCGCCGCCGCCGCGCGCUGACCGCUGAGUUGAGAAGCUUGAUUCAUCCCGUGACGAUGCUCACUCCUUCCUGCUGUAAAUCAGUGCUACUUCAUGUAAAUCUUUGGCUGCAAAAUAAACUUGGACGGGUGGAA